AUGUGGAGCAGUCCAGCCAGCAUCGGUCCUCGCCAGCAGCCAGCAGCCAGCAGCGGUCCCCGCCGGCAGCCAGCAGCGGUUCCUGCCAGUGUCCAGCAGCGGUUCCUGCCAGCAGCCAGCAGCGGUUUCUGCCAGCAGCCUGCAGCCAGCGUCCAGCAGCGGUCCCAGCCAGCGUCCAGCAGCCAGCAGCGGUUCCUGUCAGCAGCCAGCUGCCUGCAGCCAGCGUCCAGCGGCCAGCCGCAGUUCCUGCCAGCGUCCAGCAGCGGUCCCAGCCAGCAGCCAGCAGCGGUUCCUGCCAGCGUCCAACAGCGGUUCCUGCCAGCAGCCAGCAGCGGUUUCUGCCAGCAGUCUGCAGCCAGCGUCCAGCAGCGGUCCCAGCCAGCGUCCAGCAGCCAGCAGCGGUUCCUGUCAGCAGCCAGCAGCCUGCAGCCAGCGUCCAGCGGCCAGCCGCAGUUCCUGCCAGUGUCCAGCAGCGGUCCCAGCCAGCAGCCAAAAGCGGUUCCUGCCAGCAGCCAGCAGCAGUUCCUGCCAGCGUCCAGCAGCGGUUCCUGGCAGCAGCCAGCAGCGGUUUCUGCCAGAAGCUUGCAGCCAGCGUCCAGUAGCGGUCCCAGCCAGCGUCCAGCAGCCAGCAGCGGUUCCUGUCAGCAGCCAGCAGCCUGCAGCCAGCGUCCAGCGGCCAGCCUUAGUUCCUGCCAGCGUCCAGCAGCGGUUCCUGCCAGCAGCCAGCGUCCAGCAGCCGUCCCAGCCAGCAGCCAGCAGCGGCUCCUCCCAGCAGCCAGCGUCCAGCUGCAGUCCCAGCCAGCGUCCAGCAGCAGCAGCAGCAGCAGCAAUAGCGUCCCCACUGGCCUGCCAGCCAGGUCGCCUCCCCCGCCAGCAGCAGCAGAACAUCUGGCGAAAAAAACCUCUGAUCGCACCGUCUACGGACUACAGGCGUACACGGAGCCAUGCCCACCAGGACAUCGCAUCUUCGCGCCGCGCCAGUUGGGAGAGUUUCACACAUACUUAUACAAAGCCGGCAGCUGUGCGCCCACCUUGCGUACGCUCCAUGCGCCACCGUUCCUCCAGUACCAGUCCGUGGGCGUUAUCCUCGGCGUCUGA